AAACACAGACAUGCAGAGCUCCUCCUUCUCCACAUCAUGAGCAUCAGUGAGAGCUUCAAGCCUGUCGUCCUGCUCCUUGAGCCGCAAGUUCUUCGAGGUGAUCUCGCAGUCCUUAUGCUCCAAGAGAACGUCUCGAUGAGCAAUUUGGCCCUCCCGCUCCAUGAUCUGAGCAUCCUUGAACGCAAGUUGCGCAAGCAGUUCUGAGAUCUUCAUCUCCGCAACGUAGCGGGAACUCUGAUACUCCGCACUGACGGUUCGCUCAUCCGGUACUGAGGCCCAAUAAUUGUCAUGAUGGUUUGAAGCAAUGCCCCAAGUCGACGCUGAUAUCAGAAAAGUAAUUGCCAACCGUCCAACAACUUGUAAUGUCUUUGCACUGCUUAGUAUGAAACGCGAGUAACUCUCCUCCGCUGGCAGAUUGCAGCUCAAUACGAGCAUUUGAAUAGUCGGCGCAUUCUCACUUCAUUUUAUAGGGGUUCGUCAGCUCGCUUGCGGUUGUUUCAUUCAUGCUUUUUGUCUCUUUACGAUUACAUUGACCCUCUCGAUUGAGGGAGAUCUGACUCUUUUCGACCAGAGUUGGCAGCGAGGAGACGACUCACUCCUCGAGAUAUGCAUCUGGUGGUCGGGACAAAGAAUUACCAAUUGUCUAUUCUCAUUGCUCAGGCUGACUCACUCGGGAUACGGCGUUUCGUCGAAAUGGACUAUAAGAGGUUAGAAGGAACGCCGUGUCAACUGCACUCCAUCCUGCAUCCUCCAACUCGACUUCCAGGUUCAAAUCACUCUCUGUCCAAAGAAUAAAACAUCAUGGUCAAGAUCGCAGUUGCAGGCGGGACAGGCAACGUUGCCAGCGAGAUUAUUGAGGCACUGCUCUCAAAGGACAAGCAUCAGGUGGUCGUCCUUACUCGCAAAGACGCUCCUACUGACCCUAUAGUCCACCCUGACAUCACCUAUGUCAAGGUCGACUACAAUGACAAGGCGUCACUGACCAAUGCAUUGCGCGGGGUCCAUACCGUACUUUCCUUCAUCGUGGUGCAUCUUGACCACGGGAGUGUUGCACAGAAGAAUCUCAUCGACGCUUCUAUCGAGGCUGGCGUAAAGAGAUUUGCUCCCAGUGAAUGGGUAUCGUCCAAUGUCACGGCAGUACCUUGGUACGUAGAGAAGGAGACCGUUAGAGAAUAUCUUCGAGAAGUGAACCGAGAGAGGACGGUCCUGGAAUACUGCUUAUUCCAAUGCGGCAUCUUCUCCAAUUAUCUCGCGAGCCCUCACAAGACGGCCAAGCAUCUUCUUCUUCUCAUGCUUCCCUUCGACUUCCAGAACUGCCGUGCUAUCGUGUUGGAAGGCCGCAACGAUAUUGACAGCGUGACCUUCACCAAAGUUCAAGAUGUCGCUGAUAUUGUUGCCGAAGCUAUAGACUACGAAGGCGAAUGGCCUCUGGUCGGCGGCAUCCGUGGAAACGAUCUUACAAUUGGACAGAUCCUGGCACUCGGAGAGAAAAUCAGGGGUAAACCGUUCGCUGUCGAAACGGUCACAUUGGAGGACAUCGAGUCAGGAAACGUCAAUACGUCCUGGUACCCAGUGCUUGAGCACCCGGCUAUACCGAAGGAAGAGAUUGAGUCGUUUUCAAAGAUGGCUCUCGGAGGCACUCUGAUUGGUAUGGCAAAGGCGGCCUACACCAUACCAACUGACGAGUGGAACAAACUUCUUCCCUCAUACAAGUUCGUGGAUAUCGAGGAGUUCCUGUCUGAGGCAUGGUCUGGGAAGCCCUAAACUGCGUGAUCGAGAUACAUGGUGAAUGGUGCCGAAUGCUUCUGGGCUGCGUUCCGCUUUAACGUGUACAAUAGCUUUAGUCACAAUGUCUUCGAACAUCGAGACUUUUCCUUUGACCCGGGCUCAUCGUCUGCUUGAAAGGUCUUCAACGUUUUGUCUCGCAUGCGAAAACUGUAUCUCUAUUUCGC